AUAUAUAUAUAGUUACGAUUUUAAUAAUGAAAUAAUAAUCCAAAAUAUAUAUAUAUAUAAGAAGAUACAAAUACAUGUGAAAGUUUGAAACAAUCUAUUCAAUGAAAAAAUAUACCGUAUACUUAUUAUGUUUUAAAAAUUGAUAAACACAUAUAUAUUAUAAUAUACACCAAUUUAGAAUUGAAAAUAAAAUGUUUAUAUAAAAAUAAAUGAAAACAAAAAUCCGCGCGGUUGCGUGGAUCGAGAUCUAGUCUUAUCUUAAAAUUGGUUCAAGUCACCAUGGUUCGUUACUUUCUUCGUAUAGUUUUUACAUAAGCGCCACCUAAAGAUAAUAACAAUUUAAAUAGAAUAAAAUUUACGUAUAUUUAUAUAUUUCAACAGAAUUUACAUAAAUACAUAUAUUUCUACUCAAAUAUACAUAUAUUGUAAGCUAUAUUAAGUUAUACUCUUACUUAUAAAAAAUAAAAUAGCAGUUAAAUUAAAUAAAUCAUAAUGAUAUAAUUUAGUAAAUUUAUUUUAAUAGACUAAAAAUUCAGAAAACAAUUUUUUUAUAAGGAAUGAUAUUUUUGGGUAACAGUCUUCAUAUUUUGUUAUAUAUGAAAUAUAUAGAUAGUUAAUGAUUAGUGUGUCAAAAGUUCCCUUUUUGAAAACAAUAUACAGCUCAUUCUUAUGUGUCUACCAAAAUAAUAUGAAAAUACAUAUCAUUUCUUUUGUGUUAGGACAUAUGUCUUAAAUAGCAGUUAAAUUAAAUAAAUCAUAAUGAUAUAAUUUAGUAAAUUUAUUUUAAUAGACUAAAAAAUCAGAAAACAAAUUUUUAUAUGGAAUGAUAUUUUUGGGUAACAAUCUUCAUAUUUUGUUAUAUAUGAAAUAUAUAGAUAGUUAAUGAGUAGUGUAUCAGAAGUUCCCUUUUUGAAAACAAUAUACAGCUCAUUCUUAUGUGUCUACUAAAACAAUAUGAAAAUACAUAUCAUUUCUUUUGUGUUAGGACAUAUGUCUUUCCAAAUAAAUCAAAAUUAUACAUGAUGUCAGCUUGCAUAUUUUUUGUGUGCGUUAAUUGUGAAUUCAGUGUUGAAAAUAUCAUAUUAAAAAUUGGUCACAUAUAGAUAUACAUAUGUAUGUGUGUGUGUGGUAUAUAUGCAGGCAUGAGUCUUAUGAUAAUCCAGCAAACUACCUGAAUAUCUCCAUCAGUAGCAUCCAACCAUUAGAAAGCAGUCAGAUUAAUUCUUCAAAGCACACCCUCUCUCUCUCUCUCUUUAGCCAUGAAUGUAUUGGGCUUACCCUGCUGUGUAAAUCAGAGGCCGACAUUUCGACCAAAGAAGAGGAAGCAUCAUCCAUCAGGGACCAAUGUCAGUGGACUGAGUAUUAGUGAUCAUGUGGUUGAAAAACCAUUGACAGCGACUCUCGUGAGUUACAACCUCAGAGAAGCCGUGAAACUACCUUAUGGUGAAGACAUUAACCAGUGGUUGGCCAUUCACACCAUAGAUUUCUACAACCAAGUAAACGUUUUGUACGCUACUCUCAAAGAGUUCUGCACAACCACCACUUGCCCUAUCAUGAAUGCUGGAUCCUUAUAUGAGUAUAGAUGGGCAGAUGGGAUCGCUAUUAAGAAGCCAAUAACGGUUUCUGCUCCUGAAUACGUUGGGUAUCUCAUGAACUGGAUUGUAACUCAGAUCGAUAAUGAAACCAUCUUUCCGCAAACACCUGAAGCAACAUUCCCACCGAAUUUUAAGGACUUCGUGAAGGUAAUUUUGAAGAGGCUGUUUAGGGUUUAUGCACACAUCUAUCAUUGUCACUUUCAGAAUGUUGUGAAUCUCAAGGAAGAAGCUCAUCUCAACACUUGCUUCGAACAUCUUGUUCUCUUCACAUCUGAGUAUCAGUUGAUUGAUGAAGCAGAGAUGGAGCCUCUUAAAGAGCUCGUGGGAGAGGUUCUGAAACCAUAGAAAAAAGCUAUGGUUUCAAGGUGGAAAAUAAGGAUUGUGAGAUAUAUACCAAUAAUUAACAUCCUAAAGGAGAUGAUGUUUAUGCAACUAGUCGAGCUUAUACAAAUGAGCUGAUUUAAUAUAUGCAAUAAUCUAUCUUCUGAUGUUUUCAAAGUUUCACCAUAUAUACUCAAAUAGUCAAAUAUCCUCCAUGGUUGGAAUAUAUCCUUUUUAUUUCUUCCUUGAACUGAGUUGCGUGACCUAGAAGGUUAGAAGAGGUUUUAUGUUGCUUUGAGUUCAGAAUCAAAGGACGAUUCUAGACGCUAACAUUUAGAGAAAAAAACACAUCAAAUAAAAAAAUUUCUUUAUAGAAAGGAGUGAAAAGCAAACUAUAGUUCCUUCACUGCAAGUUUGCAACGACACCCAAACCAGCAAAUAUACAUAGCAACCAAACUCCUCUGGGUAAACGGUGGUCUUUAACUUGACUUUGCAUAUAACAAGUGGUUAACAUAGCUUCUCAUUCUUGCAAGAACUAGUAUUUAUUCUACGACAUGGAUGACCAUCAAGGUUAAUUAAGAAAUCAAAUAGUUCCUCUUCAAAUAACAGUUGGAAUAUAUUCAAGUUUAUUUGAUGCGGUUAAAAAAGUUAAUAGCAAAAAGCAUAUCAAAGAAAAAUAGUUCACAUCCAUACUAAAUGAAAAACAAAAAAAAAAACAUAAUAUGACCCGAUUUGACAAACAAUUUAUGAUGAACUGCCUUCUCCACAAGUGAGCAAGAAGCUGAAACUUGGGUUUUCAUGGAUCAGUGCAAGAGUAUCAAUGUCGUUUACAUCCCCUUGUUCCGUUGAUUUUGAUAAAUCCUCUACGGUGAAUGGAAUGCUGCGUUUCGAUUGAUCACUCUCCGUUACUUGAGAGCAAUGUGACAAAACAUUUAUUCAAUAACAAUAAGAAAAAAAGGUUUAUGUUUACCUCAAGUCGUCCUCCAAAAGAAAGUCACUCCGUACACCAUCGGUCAAGUCAUCUAUCAAUCUAAUCAUCAUGCUUGAAAUAACCUUAUGGUUUGAAAAAAAAGAACAAAGAGAAAGUUUAAAACAAUGUCUAGAUAGAAUCAAAGGUUUAGACGUCAUUUUACAAGUGAAAACGUACAUCUGAAGAAACGCUGCUCAUGUCAUAAAUGUCAUCAAAGUACAUAGCACUGAUUCUGUAUAGCUGCCGUAUACUUAGCACCUGAACCACAAAAGCAACUUCAAUGUUCGUCUCGUUGGAAAAUAAAACAAAAUAAGUCUAAUGAUCAUUACCGGACAGAGUUCUCUUGUUAUUUUGUCUAAGGUCAUUUCCUGCUUUUGAAUAAUGGCCUGAAAGAGAGCCAAAACAAUUGAGUUUACAAUGCAAUAGAAGGUGUGGCAUAGCAUCAAAUAGAGUUAUACCUGCAAGAAUCCAGCUGCCUGUCUGAUAUGACUCAACUCAUCCCAAGCUGAACCAACAUACUGUUUUUUUUACAACAAACAACUAAGUCAACUUUUCAAAAAAAAAAAUUGUAAAAUUGUUUAAGAUGCGAUGAAAUCAAAGCUUACUUCAUCAGUAGCCUCUAUACACCAUUGUUUUAGUUUAGCCAAACCUGCUUCAACGUACUCCCCGUUGACAAAAUAGCAACAGUCAUCGCUUAGGAGAAUACUGCACAAGUAGUUGAUUUACAGAGAAAACUUUCUGUCAGCCAAGGAAAACUUACCUUGAGAGAAAA